AUGUACACAUUUUACUCUUCAACUUUGACUAUCAUUUUGCCUUCGUGUGUGGAUCUGCACUACCAGCUAUGACUAUGGCAUCGCUCUUGGACCUAAUAAAAAGAGCCUCACAAUGUCAAAUGCAUAACAACAAGCAAAAGCACACAAAGCAAAUAAAGAAACUUUGAGAGAACAACCGAAACAACUAGCUAACAAAGCAAAUCAUGGGAAACCUUUUAGGAGCCUUAAAGAACCUUUUCAGUGAAUUUUCUGAGCGCCAUGCCAAGAUCCUGAUGCUGGGCCUGGAUGCAGCUGGCAAGACUACAGUACUAUACAAGCUCAAACUAAACGAAGUCGUCAGCACCAUCCCCACCAUUGGCUUCAAUGUAGAGACCGUCAAACCUGGCAAGAACGUCAGCUUCACAGUCUGGGAUGUGGGCGGCCAAGACAAAAUCAGACCACUAUGGAGACACUACUUCAGUGGCACAGAAGGGCUGGUAUUCGUGGUCGACUCAGCUGACAAGAGUCGAUUCAGUGAAUCAAAAGAAGAGCUUGACUGGAUUCUGGAGAAUGAUGAGAUGGCUGGUGUUCCAGUGGUGAUCAUGGCCAACAAGCAAGACAUGCCCAAUGCAUGCUCCACCAGUGACGUGGCUGAGAAGCUGGGAUUGAACCAGGUACGAGACAGGAAGUGGUACGUCCACGGGACCAGUGCUCUGACUGGAGAGGGUGUGCUUGAGAGUGUCACAGAACUCAGUAAACUAGUUAGAGAGUUUCAGAAAAAAUACUAAACUUUUAGCUAUAUCAGUAAUUUUAUUUGUUUCCCUUUCUGUUUCUCAUUCAUGCACUGACUAUACUAAUUAUGGCAACAUUGAAGAAAAUAUACAUUCAUUGUACAUGUACAAUAGACUACACGGAUAAAA